AACCUGUGUGAAAGUUGGAAAUAUCUUAUAUUUGUAUACAUACUGAUAACUAAUUGAAUUGAUGGGAAGUACCUUAUCUGAUUUACCUACGUCAAGUUGUGUAAUUUUAGUAUUAUACAAUCCACUGUAUAUGUUAUAGUUAUUCAUUGAACUUUCUAUAGUGAAGUUCAUAUACAUUUCGAAUCGUUUAAACUACAAUGGGUCUUUUAACUGAGGGAAGUCCACUUUCCUGGGAAGAAACCAAGAAACUUGCACAACAUGUUAGAGAACAUGGUAUUAUACAGUUCAUAAAUUUAUUCAAAAGACUCAGGGAUAGAGAAGGCGAUGUACUGAAAUGGGGUGAUGAAGUUGAAUAUAUUAUAGUUAAAUUUUUCGAUGAUAAGAAACAGGCAAAAGUGAGUUUACGAGGUCAUCAACUGCUUUUGAAACUAAAUGAAAAAGAACUAGCUGAUCCCGACGGGGUCAAGUCACUCUGGAGGCCAGAAUAUGCAGCUUAUAUGAUUGAAGGAACGCCAGGGAAGCCCUACGGUGGGCUACUAGCACAUUUCAAUAUAGUUGAAGCAAAUAUGAGGCAUAGAAGAGAGGAAGUUAGUGAGUUGUUGAAGCCUGAUGAAAGAGUAAUGUCUAUUACAAGUUUUCCAAGAUUGGGCUGUGAGGAUUUCUCUGAUCCACCUGCAAAACCAACGCCAAAUGAAGGUGCUACUAGAUCGCUAUUUUUCCCUGACGAAGUAAUCUUUCCUGGUCAUCCAAGGUUCAAAAACUUGUCACGAAAUAUCAGAGAACGACGAGGAGAGAAGGUCGCCAUAAAUUUACCCAUAUUUAGGGAUAAAAACACCAAAAUUCCGGUAGAUGAUUCCUUCAAGCAUAGUAAAGCGGCUUUACCUGAUCAUGUUUACUUGGAUGCUAUGGGUUUUGGAAUGGGUUGUUGUUGUUUACAACUCACUUUUCAGGCUUGCAACAUUCAAGAAGCUAGAACCUUAUAUGAUCAACUCACACCUUUGUGUCCAGUUAUGCUAGCAUUCACUGCUGCCUCCCCAAUUCAUCGUGGAUUUCUAACAGAUGUUGAUUGCCGCUGGAACAUAAUUUCAGGCUCUGUAGAUUGUCGAACUGAAGAAGAAAGGGGUCUCAAACCGUUGAAAGAAAAUAAAUUUGUCAUAAAAAAAUCUCGUUAUGACUCUAUUGACUCCUACCUCUCACCGCAAGGCGAAAAAUACAACGAUAUACCUCUCUUGUACAAUGAAGAAGAUUAUAAGAAACUAGUGGAUAAUGGUAUCGACCAUUUAUUAGCUGGACAUAUUGCUCAUUUAUUCAUCCGAGAUACAGUUUCAUUAUUCUCAGAGAAGAUCCAUCAAAAUGACGAGGAAGAUACAGAUCACUUUGAGAAUAUCCAGUCGACCAACUGGCAAACUAUGAGAUUCAAACCACCACCCCCUAAUUCAACCAUAGGUUGGAGGGUGGAGUUCAGGCCUUGUGAGGUUCAAAUUACUGAUUUUGAAAACGCUGCUGUUGUUUGUUUUGUUGUACUCCUGACACGAGUGAUACUUUCAUAUCAACUCAAUUUCUUGAUACCCAUCAGUAAGGUAAGAUUUUGGUGAUAUUAGUUUCUUUAU